AUGGCGAGUCGAAUUACUUCGAACAUGACACUCCCCAUACGGCGACUCGUUCGAGCCCAUGGAAACUCCACAUUUAAACGAGCUGCUUUUAUUUUCUGCGCAACACUUUUUACCUGUGCUCUAUUCACCGGAAUUAUCAUCCUUUACCUCGUGGUUCUCCCCUACCUUCAUGAGCAUGGCUUCGAGGAAAGUUUGUGUGUAGUCGCUGAAAUUGAACCUGAAAGACCUAUCAUCAAAUGUGAAAACCGCUGUUCAAGAGAAAGAUCUCGGUUUCCCUGUCUGCGAGUGAGAGUUAUGUUCCAGAGGGGUAAUGCGAAUUAUUCGGCUACACUAUUCGAUACUAUCGAAACGCAUGAGCAUUAUCGCCGUUAUAGGGCGAGUUUGAAAUAUUAUGAAGAAAACGAAUUCGCCGUUCAGGUCUUCCGUUGGCGGCUGCUAAAACAACCCAGUUUCCGCUGUUUUGUUUCCUCUGAAUUACAUGGACAUGAAGCCCUCAUGCAUAAAUUUCAUCGGGCUUCUACUGUGACUUAUGGAAUUGUAUUACCUGUUUUCGUAUGCCUUGUCGCCCUGAUGGCUUUACUACUCCUCUGGUACUUCUAUGGAUGUAGCUUCUGGCAUUUGCAAGAUGAGCAAAGCUCCUUUGGUUGUAUGGUUGCUCGGCCUAUUGCAGUAGUAGAGUGA